UGCUGGUGGGGGACAGGAGAACAAUGGAGCCUUUGGUGAUUGUACAGGAUCCACCCCCGGCUUCCCAGCGUGUCCCCUCUGCGGGCUGGAUCUGGGUGGCUGCUUGGGGGUGGGGCGGGGGGCCCUGAAUGGGCCCCUUGUCUCAACCCUGGGUGUGGGCCAGGCUCCCCGGGCACACGGUGCCCUCGCCAGGCCUGGCUGGCCUCCGUGGCCUCCACCCCCAGCUGGCUGAGGAUGGGGCCCUGUGGGUGAGCAGGCCCCUCCCCGACAGCCUCGGCUCCGGCCCAGGCGGAAGAGGCAGGUAGGGAGACGGACCCCAUCUAGUGGGGAAGCGGGGAAAGCGGCAGCCUCCACUUGAGGAGAACCCCGGCCCCACUAGGGGGGACCUGCUGAGAGUGGGAUCCUGGAGGCAGACCUGGUUUGUACUCCCCGCCCUGUGGCUCCCUAGGUUUAUGACUUGGGCAGCUUCUUUGGUUUUUCUGAAUCGCAGCUUCCUCCUGGGUAAAAUGGUGCUGACAAUAAUACCUCCCUGAAGGGCAACUGGGAGGGCUACGUGACAUCAGACAUGGGAAAUGCCCAAGGAGUACCAGGUGCUCAGUAAAUGUUAGUUUUCCUUCCUUGGAUUCCGGGGAAGGAGGGCCAAGGGUGCAGGGAUUGGCUCCGGGGAUCCUGGAAGGGUCUCGGGGGUUGGGGUCAGGGCCAGGCAGGCUCUCACAAUGGGCUAGAACUCUCCCUCCCUCUGGGUUCUCAUCAACUUUGACUCCUCUCCCUGUCCCAGGGAGGGGAGGAAGGGCCUAGGAUGAGUCACCGGGGGGAGUUUUCCUCCUGGAUUCUCUAUUUCUUUCUUCACUGCUGUGCUAGAGGCUCCCCAGAGACCCCUUAGGUGGCGGCCACUGGCCUGCAGCCUGUCCUCCCCACUGAACUGAAUGCUGGUUCUGCCCCCUGCUUGGGGCUUGUGUAUCGGAAGAAAUGGCCGUGGUCCUGAAGUUCUUCCGAUGGAUUUGGCGCAAGAUUAGUCACUCGGUCUUCUGGAAACACAAAGCUAAGUCAACCAUCGCAGAAUGCACUGACUCCAAGAAAAAUGAGUUGAAGGAGAAGGAGUUGGAGUUGAAGGAGUUGAAGGAGAAGGAGAAGGAGUUGAAGGAGAAUGAGUUGAAGGAGAAGACUUCCAAGGUGUCUGAGACUUUCAAGUUGGUUGAGUCCCCCAAGGAGGCUAAGGUCUCCAAGAUGGAUGUGUCCUCCAAGGCGGCUGACCCCUGCGUGUUGGCCAAGACCACCACGGACGGGGCUGCGGUGGAGGCGGGCCAUGGGCCGAGAUCGCUGUUGCAGCUGCCCCGGACUGCCGUCAAAUCUGUCUCCACGCUCAUGGUCUCCGCCCUGCAGUCUGGCUGGCAGAUGUGCAGCUGGAAGUCAUCUGUGAGUUCUACCUCAGUCACCUCCCAAAUGAAGACCGGGUCCCCUUUGGAGUCGAGAGGGACUGAGAUGCUGCAGGAAGUGUACCUGGUGCUGUGGGCCGUUCGGAAACGACUGCAGCGGCUGGCCCGCAGGCAGGAGAGGCAGCGACGGCGCCACAUCCGGGCCCACAUCUGUCCCCAACCUGACCCAGUUCAGGGCUUGAGACAGGAUUCCCAGAGUCCCCUCUAGGGGGGAACCCCACAUCCUCAGAAAGCCCCCACCUCACUCUUAGGUAAGGUUGAUAGGAGAGGUUAGGGCAGCAGGCCAGGAGUUGUGGGUGAGGAGAAGUUUUCAAACCGUCACCUCUCAUCGGGACCCCAAGGCCUGGCCUGGGGGCCCACGUACUCUCCUUCAUUCCUUUUAUUCAAUUUGUAAAAAAUUAUCAAAAUGUUGGGAAAUAAAUAUCGGAAAUUUCUGAGUA